UUGUAGAGAUGAAGUCAAACUUUCUUUAUUUUUAGGAUGAGUACAAAAGUUUCUUAGUGAGACCAACAUUGACACAAGAGGACCAAGAAUACUGAUCAUAAAGCAAAAUAUUGCACAUUUGAUCAUAGAGGAUCAAUCAAUCAAUCAAUCAAAGGAAUGGGAGAACCCUUCUGGUACACUUUAGCUCUCAUCAUCACCUUCACCUCCAUCUUGCUUCUCCAUUUCACCGUAGCUAAAAUUAGACAAAAUCACAAUAAGAACCUUCCCCCCUCCCCACCGUCUCUCCCGAUUAUUGGCCAUCUCCAUCUUCUGAAAGAACCAAUUCACCGCACCCUCCAAUCUCUUUCUUCAAACUUGGGCAAAAUUCUACUUCUCCGAUGGGGUUCACGCAGAGUCCUCUUGAUCUCUUCGCCUUCGAUCGCCGAAGAAUGCUACACGAAGCAUGACAUCAUCCUCUCCAACCGCCCACGCUUGCUUGCCGGGAAACACUUCCACUACAACUUCAAAACCGUCGCCGCCGCACCCUAUGGAGACCUCUGGCGCAACCUCCGCCGUGUCAUGACUCUCGAGAUCUUCUCCUCCUCUCGCCUCGCCACGUCUUCGAGUGUCAGGCAAGCUGAAGUCCGUUUGCUAUUGAAUCAGAUGAUGAAGAGCUGUGCUUGCACCCAACAGGGGAUGGCAAAGAUUGAGCUCAAAUCCAAGUUCAUGGAGCUUUCGUUCAACGUGAUGACGAUGAUGGUUUUGGGGAAGCGGUACCACGGCGAAGAUGUUGAGGAUGUUGAAGAGGCUAAGCAUUUCCGAGAGGUUAUGAGGGACGCCGUUGACCUAUCUGCAACGACGAAUUUGGGAGACUUUUUGCCAAGUUUACAGUGGAUGGAUAUAUCAGGGUUGGAGAAGAAGAUGGCGAGGUUGAUGGCAAAAAUGGACAGCUUCUUGCAGUGUUUGGUUGAGGAGCGCCGUCGAAUUUUGUCACCCAAUUUGGAAGCAAAUGGUAAGGAUGACAACAUGUUCAUGAUCGAUAACUUGUUGUCGAUGCAAGAAACAGAGCCCGAAUUCUACACCGACGAAAUCAUCAAAGGAAUCAUUUUGGUGUUGCUGGUUGCUGGGAGUGACACGUCAUCAACAACCCUAGAAUGGGCAAUGGCGCUGUUGCUAAACCAUCCAGAGGAAAUGGAGAAAGUGAGAGCUGAGAUAGAGGCCAAGGUUGGAGAGAAGCGUGCGUUGGAAGAGCAAGACUUGCCAAAGCUGAGUUAUUUGCAAAAUGUGAUCAAUGAGACACUACGCUUGUACCCGCCUUUUCCAAUUCUGGUGCCUCGUGAAGCCUCUGAGGAUUGUGUGGUGGGGGGAUUUGACGUGCCACAUCAUACAAUGCUGGUGGUGAAUGCGUGGGCCAUCCAUAGGGACCCUGAGGUGUGGGAGGACCCCACAAAGUUUAAGCCAGAGAGGUUUGAAAGAUGGAUUGGUGAAGGAGGGCUUGAAGGAGGAUAUAGGCUAAUCCCAUUUGGGGCUGGAAGGCGCGGAUGUCCUGGGGCUGGCUUAGCCAACAGGUUGGUUGAACUGGCUCUAGGAAGCUUGGUUCAGUCAUUUGAGUGGGAGAGGAUUGGGGAGGACCUGGUGGAUAUGAGUGAAGGCUUGGGUCUUAUGAUGCCAAGGGUUGAGCCCUUGGAGGCUAUGUGUAAACCAAGACUAUUCACACUGGCUUCAAUGUAAAAACUAUACCUGGAAUUCCAAAGCCCAUUUUGGUUCAUUUCCCUCUCUCUGUUAUUUUUUUUCUUUGACAAAACGAUAUUCUAACUAAUCUAAUGUACCCAAGGGGAAUUGAACUCGGUACAAUGGGGCGAGCACAUUGCACCUU